AUCGAAAAAAAGUAAUAAAAAUAGAUUAAUAACUUUUGUAAAAAAAAUUAAAAUUUUUGUGCAGAAUUUUCUGGUAUAAAAACAAGAAUCUUUUUCAUAACUUUAUGCAGUAACAAACUGAAAAUUUAAAAUAAAACAGCACAAAUAUGGCAAAAUUAUUUAUUAUUGUUCUUUUCACUAUAAUUGCCGUUGCUUUAGCUCAACACGGCUAUGGUGCCGGUGGCCAUGGCCAACAAGGUUAUGGUAGCCAACAAGGUAGUCAUGCACCCCAAGGUGGACAUGUUGGCCAUGUAGGUCGCGGUGAACAAGGUUUUAGUGGUCAUGUUCAUGAACAACAAGCUGGACAUCAUCAUGAAGCUGGCCAUCGCGAGCAAGCUGGUCAUCAUGAACAAGCUGGUCAUCAAGUUCAUGGUCAGAGUCAUGGUUACAAAAGUCAUGGUUAUUAAGUAUAUUUUUUUGAUUAAUAGUAACAAGUUACAAUUUAAACAGAAAAGUUAAUAAAAGAAAAUUCGUUUAAAACAAUAAAA